AUGAUCCCCAUCUUCGAGCUGACUAUUUGGUUCGCGCUCCGUUUCCCGGACAGUGGUAUCUACCUAGAGUCGAUCCGUCAGCUGUACCAGGCCGUCCUCGUCUAUAAUUACGUCGUUUACCUCGUGGCGUUCUUCGAAGAGGUACCCAACUUUGACAAUCGCCUGGCCAUGAAGCCGCAGAUCAGGUCCCGCACCCUUUUCUGCUGGAAGAAGGCGACGCCAAACAAGAGAACUGCAUUUCAAACCAAGACGUUUCUGCAAGGGUGGUUCUCACCUGAUGGUGCAUACCUAUGGGUGACGAUCUUCUUAACUAUCGCCCAGAUUUGCGCCAUGUUCUGCCUAUCCCUUCUCCGUAAAGUGACCCGCGAGGAACUCCAGAUGCUACCCAAGUCCAGCUCGCAGUUCGUCGGCGUCCACCUGGCGCUCUUCUUCGACCAUUUUCAGACGAUGUUCUUGCGUCUCCUGGCCAACUAUGGAGCAAUCAAAUCUAGCUACCCGGGUUUUGUUGGAGACAAACAGGAAUUUGCCACCAUGUGGGAGAAUUUUCUGCUGUGCUUCGAGAUGGUCCUAGUUGCCCUUCUAUUUAAUUACGCCUUUGACUACCGACGAUACAAGGUUGAAGGCCAACCCAGGCUCAGCUUCGCCCAGUCACUCAAGCAAAUCUGGGGCGUGUCUGAUGUGGCGUCCAAUAUAAUUGGUCGGUUCAGACAAAGGGGCGACCAUACUAGCAGAGAUGACAACCAGCAGCAGACCACAGCAGGCUCUCCUGCAUCCCAGCAGAAUGGUGCCCCACCAAAGGAAGAAGCUGAACCACCCAGGAGGAGAAAGCCGGGCACCAAUUUCGAUCACGCAGCCGAGAUCCACAGUCCCAGGAACCAAGAUGGCGGCGAUCAGAAUCACGAUGGCGGCGAGCCGCGUCCAAAUCAAGAUGGCGAACCCAAUCAGGUUCACGGAAUCGAAAACCCCGGGUUUCAAGGAGAAUCGCGCCAAGAGCAUUCCAAACCGACAGAAGAGGACGGACUCGGUGACGAUGCCAGUGAGGACACUGACGACUUCCUGGACGAAGAGUUUCCGACAGAUGACGAGGACGACAGUGACAUUGACAAUGGCCUGCCCUUUGACGGAAGGUUAGACGCUCCCCGCGGAGCCAAACCUCAAGGACGAAGGGUGAAAAAGGUCAGCUAUGCUGAAUGA